ACACCAAUUCUAUUCAUUUCUUUUCUUACUUUACAUUUAAUUCUCUUCAAUUCUUCCUCUUUUUAUUUUUUAUUUUUUUAAUCACAACUUCUCAACAUCUCAACUUCAAUAAAUAAUUAUUAUAUAUUUCAAGCGAUUUAUGUUUCACUUUUUCACUUACUUUCUUCUCAUUAUAUAUCAAAUUUUGUCUCAGUUAGAAUAAAUACUGCAAAAUUAAAUUUUAUUUAGUAUUUUUCUUUUCUAAACCUACUGUUCAAUUCAAAUAUAUAUAUAUAUAUAUAGGUACCCUUUAAUUCAUAUCACAUUGUCACAAAAAAUAGUCUUAUAACAAGAAAUGGAGCAUUUUUGUUGCAUUUCAAAGAAAAUGUUAUUUUUUGUUGUAUUAAUUUUAAUUAUUUGGUCACAUUUAAUCAAUGUAAUUGAAGGAAGAGCUCAUUAUCAUAAAAAGAAAGGGGCUACAACACCUGUUUAUGCCCCUGUUCCUAGUAGUAGUAGUCCAAACCCGAUAGUUCGUUCUGACCCGUACCCGAGUCCAACCCGUGAUGAGCCGUGCAUUUUUGAUGUGACAUCGUAUGGGGCGGUUGGAGAUGGGUCCACCGAUGACACUGCCGCCUUCCAAGCUGCUUGGAAGGCGGCUUGUGCGGUGGACUCUGGUGUUGUUUUUGUACCUUCGUCUGGGAAAUUUAUGAUCAGGUCUACUAUCUUUUCUGGCCCUUGUAAGCCCGGGCUUGUUUUACAGGUAAAUGGAGUGAUAAUGCCACCAGAUGGACCAGAUUGUUGGCCAGAUUCAGACAGUAAAAAGCAGUGGUUAGUAUUUUACAGGUUAGAUGGGUUUACUCUCAAUGGAACUGGAACCAUUGAAGGCAAUGGUAAUCAAUGGUGGGACCUUCCUUGUAAACCUCACAGGGGUCCACAUGGAUCAACCUUGCCUGGACCAUGUGAUAGUCCUGCUAUGAUAAGAUUCUUUCUUAGUAACAACAUUGAGCUGAGUGGACUAAGAAUUCAAAAUAGUCCACAAUUUCACAUAAAGUUUGAUGGAUGUAAUGGAGUACUUAUAGACAAAAUCCAGAUUAAUUCUCCUCAAUGUAGUCCCAACACUGAUGGCAUCCAUGUUGAGAACACUCAAAAUGUUGGCAUUUACAACUCCAUGAUUGCUAAUGGGGAUGAUUGUAUAUCAAUAGGACCAGGUUGCUCAAAUGUGGAUAUACAAGGAGUAGUGUGCGACCAUAGUCACGGGAUCAGCAUUGGAAGUCUAGGAGUGCACAACUCGCGGUCUUGUGUAUCAAACAUUACUGUCCGAGGUGCAUUGAUCAAGAACUCAGAUAACGGGGUAAGAAUCAAGACAUGGCAAGGCGGGUCAGGAUCAGUCUCGGACAUCUCCUUUCAAGACAUUCAAAUGGAGAACACGACUAAUAGCAUCAUAAUAGACCAAUACUAUUGCCUAACCAAGGAAUGUAGGAACCAAACAUCAGCUGUUUACCUAUCAGGAGUGUCCUACAAGAACAUUAAGGGCACCUAUAACAAUGUGCGUAGCGCCCCAAUUCACUUCGCGUGUAGUGACUCCGUGCCUUGUACUAACAUAACCAUGUCGGAAGUUGAACUUUUGCCUGCACAAGGGGAACUCGUCGAUGAUCCUUUUUGUUGGAACGCGUAUGGCAUUCAAGAGACCUUAACUAUCCCUCCUAUUGAUUGUUUACAAGAGGGUAUGCCUCUUGAACUUGAAGAAACCGCGGUUGGUUGUUGAUUCUACUAUUCAGCUUGCUAGUCUCAAUCUUUCGGGAUUAAGACUCUAGUGACUAACAUUGUCGGUUAAUUACACUUCCCUCCUCUUUAGAUAGAUAAGGAAUCUAUGUAUGUAUACGUCAUACAAAGCCCUAUCAUUUUAGUUUCUUAGGGCUUUGGUGAUUUUCAUAGUAUUUUUUAGGGUUUUAUCUAAGUAUACAAUUAGUAAUAGUAUUGGUAUCUUAAUCCCAUUUGGGAUUUCUCACUUUCUAUGUGAUGAACUUUAUAAGAUAUGAUAUAAUAUGAUAUGUCUAAUUUAGUAUGGAU